GUCAGAGCGCAGUUAAGUUUGCACAAACUCCGUCUCUCUGCUCCAAUCUAAACACUCUGACUUUGCGCGCAGCAGGAAUGGCACAGCCCAGCGGGAUCCUGAUUAAAGGAGGCAAAGUUGUGAACGAGGACUGCUCCGAGAUCAGCGACGUGUACAUUGAAAAUGGGAAGAUAGUCGAAGUUGGACGGAAUCUUCAGAUCCCGGCGGGGGUGCGAGUCAUCGAUGCCACCGAUAAGCUGGUGAUCCCGGGCGGCAUCGACACGCACACGCACAUGGAGCUGUCGUUCAUGGGCACCACGGCUGUGGAUGACUUCCAUAUCGGCACCAAGGCUGCUCUAGCAGGAGGGACCACAAUGAUCCUGGACUUUGUCAUCCCCCAAAAAGGAAAGUCUCUCCUGGAGGCCUACGAGCGCUGGCGCAAGACAGCUGAUAGCAAAGUUUGCUGCGACUACUCACUGCAUGUCGCUGUCACGUGGUGGAGUGACAAGGUCAAGAAGGAGAUGGAGACUCUGACCAAAGAGAAAGGAGUAAAUUCUUUCAAGAUGUUUAUGGCCUAUAAAGAUGUGUUCAUGCUGCAGGAUGAUGAGCUAUACGCAGCCUUCUCCCAUUGUAGUGCGAUAGGAGCUUUAGCCCAGGUGCACGCUGAGAAUGGAGAUUUGAUUGCAGAGGGGGCUAAGAAGAUGCUGUCCAUGGGCAUCACGGGGCCCGAGGGCCAUGAACUGUGUCGACCGGAGGAGGUGGAGGCCGAGGCCACCCAACGAGCCAUCACAAUCGCCCACGCUGUCAACUGCCCGCUCUAUGUGGUCCAUGUCAUGAGUAAAUCUGCCGCCAAGGUGGUGUCCAAUGCACGCAGGGAUGGCCGUGUGGUGUUUGGGGAGCCAAUUGCAGCUGGACUGGGCACUGAUGGUACCCACUACUGGCACAAAGACUGGGCUCAUGCUGCUGCCUUCGUCAUGGGUCCUCCCCUCAGGCCUGACCCCUCCACCCCUGGGUACCUCAUGGACCUACUGGCCAAUGAUGAUCUGAGUGUGACGGGGACAGACAACUGCACCUUCUCUUUGUGCCAGAAAGCUCUGGGCAAAGACAACUUCACCAAGAUCCCCAACGGUGUGAAUGGCGUGGAGGACAGGAUGUCUGUCAUCUGGGAGAAAGGAGUGCACAGCGGCAAAAUGGACGAGAAUCGAUUUGUGGCUGUCACCAGCAGCAACGCAGCAAAAAUCUUCAACUUCUACCCGCAGAAAGGCCGUAUCGCCAAGAACUCGGAUGCUGAUGUGGUUAUAUGGGACCCCAAGAUGACAAGGAAAAUAUCAGCCAAGACCCACCACCAGGCUGUGGACUACAACAUCUUUGAGGGCAUGGAGUGCCACGGUGUCCCUGUCAUCACCAUCUCCAGAGGCAAAGUGGUCUAUGAGGAUGGGCAGCUACAUGUGUCUCCAGGCCACGGCACAUUCAUUCACAGAAAACCCUUCUCGGACUUUGUUUACAAAAGAGUAAAGCAACGGGAGCAGGUGGGAAAACCUACAGCUGUGAUCAGAAAGCCCUAUGAAGGCAAAGUCAUUUCUCUAUGAACAACCGACUGAGAGCAUGAAAGGCACUUUGAAUCUCCAGCUGUGUCUCCAGUACAAUCCAGAAACUACCAAAGCCGCAAACAACUGAAUGUUGUUUUCUUCACAGAUAAACCUUCUCUGAGUGGUCUCUAUAUAUUUGAAAUGGGACAGUUUCGCCACAUUUCUGCAGGUGAUUCAGUUAUUUAAGUCACCGUGUACAGUACUGGUGGGGGUGCAUGUGUUGGCCUGUAGGUCAACCCUGACCAACACCUAUAGGUCAAUGUUCUUCUGGAAGAGAACACCAUGUUGCAUUUUCUCAGCUGUGUGAGGUUUCCAGGUCAGCUCUGCUCAGUACACAGGUCAGUAGAAGCCACUCUGCUGCUGAAUCUACUCUAAACUUUAUUAUGUAAUCAAGUAACUCACUGUAUGCAGUGAAAAUAGGCCUUAUGCAUGAUUUCAUGGUUUAAAAUGUGUUGUGAUUAGAAAAGAUGAUCUUUUCA